CAGUUCUUCAACGUGAAGAGGAAGUAACCCGCAAACUAAGUCUGCACCCGUGUCGUCGUGACGGGCGCAUUGCUGCAAUACACUUUUGCUAACCGAUUUGUGCAGUUACAGCCUGUGUAUCAGCUAACAGAAAAUGGCAUUGGCGUGCCAAAAGGACAGUUAUUUGCAGGAGUUCACAACUCAGGUAACCAGUUGCGAGCCAGUUCAUCUUGUGCUGACAGCAAAUGGCAAGAAGAAUAAAGUGAAUUGUUUUCAGGUGAUCCUGAAAGAUACUAUCUUGUUUCCUGAAGGAGGAGGACAGCCUGAUGACAGGGGAACUAUCAACAGCGUGGAGGUGAUAAAAGUAGAGAGAAAAGGUGCAUCAGCUGUGCACUACGCAUUAUCAGAAUUUCCAGUGGGGUCAGAAGUUACUGUUAAAGUAGACUGGCAAAGAAGAUUUGAUCAUAUGCAACAACAUACAGCCCAGCAUCUGAUAACAGGAAUAGCAGAUAGUCUGUUUGGCUUUAAAACAACAUCAUGGUACUUGGGAGAUCCCAUAGUGAGUAUUGAGCUGGAUACAACUUCAGUUUCUAAAGAGCAGCUCGAUGAGAUCGAACGAGUUGUCAACGAGAAGAUUCGUGCUGCUAUACCUGUCACACCUCAUCUGUAUCCAGACAAAGAAGACCCAAAACUCAGCCAGUUUCGAGCUCGAGGACUACCAGAUGAUCAUGAAGGACCAGUGAGAGUGCUGGAAAUCCAAGAUAUUGACACCACUCUGUGCUGCGGGACACAUGUUGCCAACCUGUCUCAUUUGCAGGCAAUCAAGAUCCUUGGUUCUGAAAAGGGCAAAAAGGAUAAAAGCCUACUUUAUUUUGUAGCAGGAGACCGUCUUUUGAAAUACCUGGCCAGGUGUUGCCAGGUAGAAAAAGAACUCACUGGUAUUUUAAAAGGACCACUAGAUAAACAUUGUGAGCUAGCUGAAAAAGCAGUAAAGGGACAUAAAUCCUCUCAAAAGCUAUGCCAGUCUCUUCUGAAGGAAAUGGCACAGAUGGAAGCUGCAGUCUACAAACUGCAGUCACAAAAAGAGCCAGUCUUUUGUCAUUUCAGAAAGGAUGCUGAUGGUGACUACAUGAGCAUUUUGGUGUCUAACAUUCUAGAGGUCAACAAGGAUGCCAUCUGUUUUGUAUGUGUUGGAGACGAAAAGGAAAGUGGACUAUUCACAUUGGUGGGGCCUGCACAAAUUGUGGCUGAUCUGAGUCCCAAGAUCGCAGAAGUCUUGGAAGCCAAAGGAGCAGUAAGUGGGGGAAGAUACAGAGGUAAAGCAAACAAGAUGGGAAACAGAGCCAAAGCAGAAAAACUUUUACGUGAGCAAGUCUCUAGUCUUCUGAACUCUUCUGGGGACAGUAACCAAGGAAGCUGAGGAAAGAAUGCUUAGGACAUUAAGAAUACAUCAGUUUUCCAAUCAAGAAAAUCUCACUUUCGGAUUCCUUUUUUAUUUGACUUGCACUUAGCCUGUGAAAAAUACAUUGUCAUUAUGGCAUUGCACUUUGAAGUCCAUCAUAAGUGGACUAACAGCAAUAAAAUGUUACAGCCAACAAACAAAAAAAAAACUGCCUUUAUGUUGAACAAAUAUUACAUCACAUAGAGUAAUAGAAUCAAUACCUGCUUUUUCUCAUUACCACUCGGAAUGUUACCGACAGCUGUAUUUGAUGCCAUUGCUGUCAUGAAAGAUCUGCUUCCCUUGCUAGAGGCAGGUUUGUAGGCUUUCCUUAUUUGUGAAAUUAUGUUGGGGUUUUUUGUUUGUUGUUGUUUUGGGUCUCAAGACAUAUCACUCCCUUCAAAUCAGGGUAAGAUGAAUUGAAGGGGAACGAUUUUUUAUUAGCAAUUUUUUUUAAUAGCAGAAAGAAGGAAAAAGCAUAGCAUGUCUUAAAUUCAGUUCAAUUUGUGAUUUCAUUCAAGUUUAGCUGUGACAUUUUUAUGAUAUGCUUUCCUUAUGUAAUGAGCCACAGUCAAAGCAAACAUAUGCAAACAUAUACUCUGGCAUCGGUCUUAUGUUAAGCUAUUCUUCCUGUUCAGUGUUUACUUAUGGUUAUUUCUUACUGUGCACGUCAAUGUGUCACUUGAUGCUUCUUACUUUACUUUUAUUCUUAAUUAAACGCAGAAAAGUUUUAUUAUUUUUUGUUAAAGUUGCAUGUGUUUGUUACAGAUAUGAGAUGUUUAAAGUGUCGUUUGAGACAAAAAUGUUUCUACAUUGAAAGGGUUGUGGAAAGAAAAGUUUAGAGAUAUGUGCCAUAAAAUAAAUUUAUUUAUUAUGCAGUUAACAUUUAGAAAAAGAUCUUUAAAUGUAUGAAAAAUUCUACAAUAUAACUGAAAUCCAUGAUAUAGUUACAGAUUCUGUUCACUGGAAAACAUUCACUGAAAUUGGUUUUAAAGUAUUAUACUGGUUAUUUCUGUUAUUCAGAACACAGUGAGACAAUAUUUUCAUUAUGAUCUUUGAUGGUUGUGUUAUUUUUCUUUUUCAUAUUAAGCUUUGCUAAAUGAUUUCUUUGUGAAUAUUUGGUUUCCGAAAAAAAGAA